AAAUAGUAACACACGAUGAAGUGGAACAGUAUCAUGAACAAAAUCGUCUCGUCGAGAUGUUUACCAGGGUUCGUUGGGGCGGCCAGCGAGCCAGUGAUAGGCUGGACUCUGCGCCGCGGCCUCACUCGUCAUCCACACCUUGCUGCGACGCCUUCCCACGAGCGGUUCAUCAUGGCUGCCUUCUGCCCUGAAGGUCAUGAACCUUCGAGGUCGAGGUCCUCCUCUCGGUCUACUCAGGAUCCUGAGGACAUGACUUACGACAUGCUCGUGACGGACUUCAUGCUGGAAGUGGCAGCGAGGAGGCCGAGCCUUAUGCAAGAGUUCCCAGAUGUGUUUACACGGACUGCACCGCUUGAAGAUAUGUUUAAAUACAUUUGGAACCUCGAGGAAGCGGUACAUACACUCUCACCGACCCUUAACUUCUCUAAUAAGAUCACUAAGGCGUCUUACAAGUACUGGGUUGAGGGAAACUCCUUUAUGAAGACUGACGACAGAGACCGUGCGCUGAAAUUUUACAACAGGAGCCUGAUUGAGGCACCGCAUCCAGUCCUUACAGUAGACGGCAAACGGUGGGGACAAGAACAGGAUGACAUUGUGCACUCCAGGUCCCCUUCUUCCAGCCCACAGAAGAAAGACCCGUUUAAAGAAGACGGAUGGGGAGACUACAAAGCUCUCGCUCACGCAUACGAGGCGCGAGCUCGCUUAUUGUUUUCUCUGCAACAAUUCAAGAAGUGCAUAGAGGACAUUGACCGCGUGUUGGCUCUUGGGUGUCCUCUGUUAAUGGUCGAGAUAUUGAAGUCGAUGCGGGUCGAGUGCGAGAAUCGGGGGCCGGGCGACUACAAACAGGUGAUGCCGCUGGGUAAGGACCUCUGCAUCGCGUUUUUGUUAAAGACCCCAGAGCCGCCCACGCUGGCGGAGCCCAACCCCGCGUACCCCGCCUUCAGUAGUGCCGUGGCUUUGGACCACGAUGCCCUGCACGGGAGGCACAUGGUGGCCACCCGGGACAUUGAAACUGGUGAAAUACUGUCCGUGGACAAAGCGUACAGUGCUGUGCUAAAUACGAAGUUUCUUUGGGAGUACUGCACAGUUUGUCUCCGGAGGACAUUCAGCCCCCUCCCGUGCCCUAAUUGCACCAAGGUAGUUUUCUGCAGCGAGAAAUGUCGCUCUGACGGCCUGGCGGGGUGCCACAAGGUGGAGUGUUCCAUCCUUCCCACGCUGAUACGAUUAAACAUGACAAACAACGCGGCGCUGGCGGUGAGGAUGUUUGCCGAGAUGGGUUUUCACAACAUGAAGUCGAAAGUGCCUCCGCUGCUGGCGGAAGCGAGUAAGACGAGCAAGAAAGAAAGGGGACUCGAUGGAGAGGGAGUGUAUGAUUCCGCUAGCUACCGGACUGUGUACAACCUGGUCACCAACAGGAAGAAGAGGGGCGCAAACGACCUGCUCAAGAGAACCAUGGAGGCCUUCGUCCUUCUGAAGCUCCUGAUUCUGAGCGAGGAGUACUUCGUGGACGAGUCUGGGAAAAAGAUCGAGGUCACGGAGGACGAUUUGAUCUUUACUGGCGCCAUGCUGAUGCACCAUAUGAUGACCCUUUGGUGCAAUGCAGAUACAAUUGGCGAGAUGCAGCACGAAGAGGUGGAGUCGACGGCCAGCCCCGUCUUGGCGUACGGCACGGCCCUCUUCCCGUCCACCAGCCUGCUCAACCACGCCUGCUACUCCACCUGUGGCAGCGUGUCUUACGGCCGCAUGCAGGUGAUGAGGGCCUGCCGCCGCAUCCCCGCCGGCACCCCGAUCACGCGCCAAUACGCCAACCUCUACCAAAGGUCACUGGAGGACCGCGCGUUGAUUCUGCAGUCACGCUACCACUUUAUUUGCUACUGCAAGGCGUGUCUGGGCAACUGGCCGCGCAGUCUGCCCAAAAAAUUAGUCGACGAGCUCCGAUGCGUCGUGUGUCAGGAGGCAGUGCCCGAGGAGACACAGAAGUGCGAUGACUGUAACAUUUCCUACGAUCGCGAUGGGCCAGUUGAGGGGCGGCCCGGGGUGGUUGCCUACAACUAUUCUAAAGUGAAAGAAAGAUUGGACAAUGCCCUGAGGGAGUACAUGCUUCGCGUCCCCCGCUUCAUGGAUGGGACCGACACGAACGAGGACGUGGCGGCCAUAGAGGAGUUGCUUUACGUGUACGACACCUACGUGCUGCUGCCAACCCACGGCCACAUCGCCACGCAGAGCCUCCUCCACUCCGUGCGUCUCAGGGAGGGCAACUCUGCCUUCGUCAAGGGAGAAAACUGGCAAGACUGUAUGGUUUCCUGAGUGCCACCAGAGAUUGUGAUUUUAGUUACAACGAAACUUAAGGUGCUUCGGUUGUUCUAAUAACGGGGUAGAGCUUUUCCUACUGGGUGAUGUUUAGUUAAUUGUUUAUUUCGUUACUAUUGGCUGGUUUCCAUUUGUUCGUUAUGUCUGUGGAAAGCUUUGUGAACUUCAAUAAUAAAAAAUCACAAGAAGA